AUGGCGACCGGACAAGGCACGAGCAGCCUUGUUGACGCGUCGGGAUACAAGUUCUCCGAAAAGGACCUCAAGCCAGGCAAGAUCAAGCUGAAGAAGCAGGCGUCCUCCGGAAAGGGCGCCAAGUCCGGCAGCAAGCCAGCAAACGAUGUCGACGCCCCUGGGUCACCCGAUAUCAGCUCGCCCGUCCUCCCGCAAAUAGACGCCAAAACGAUCGCCGCAUUCCCGUCCGGAAAGCCGCGAGACGAUGAGCUCGAGACCGUCAUUUGCAAACACUGCAAAAGGCCGCAGUUGAAACAGACUGCCGUCGAACACAUCCGGGGUUGUCUGAAAGCGAAACAAGAGAAAGCGCGCAAAAAGAAAGAGGCUCGUGAUCUGAAGAAUCAAGCCAAAUUUGCCGACAAGGACGGCGAAGAGAAAGACGAUGACAAGGAUGAUGAUGGCGUGAAUGGGCAAAAGACGGCCAAGAAAGGUGCCGUGAAGGGCAUGGCGGACGAUGCAACGAAGAAAGGCAAGAAGCGAAAGGCUGAUGGCGAGGAUGAGAAGGAUGGGAAAGAACCGAAGAAGAAAAAGAAGAAGGAAGAACCAAAGCCAAAGGUUCCCAAGCCAAAAGGCCCCGUCGAUGUCGAAAAGCAGUGCGGUGUACCGCUGCCCAACGGUGCUCAGUGUGCGAGGUCGCUUACUUGCAAGAGUCAUUCUAUGGGUGCGAAGCGUGCAGUCCCUGGGCGAUCGCUUCCAUACGAUAUGCUCUUACAAGCUUAUCAGAAGAAAAACCAAGCCCGUCAACAAAAAGCCGCAAUCGAUGCCAAUGCGCCUCUACAGGACGAUUUUGACACCAACGGACCCGUUGAUUCAGACGAAGAGCGCGAUUCUGUCAUGGCUGCUAUUUCCAGAUCUCGCCCAACACCACUGGCUGUCCAUACGCUAAUGCCGACGCGGAAAAAGUAUCAUUACGUUCGCAUGAAAGAGAUGCUUUCGAGCGUACUCGGCGGUGCUCGAGGGGGCCUGUUUUCUACGGGCCCAGCGGUGAACGGAGAAUCCAAUGGGUUCUUUCCAACAGAGAGUCCAGCUAUUGCUGCAACAUCAUCGUCUAGCCUACAGGACACGUCUGGAGGGGGGGAUACGGUGUCGAAGCAACAACCGCCCUCUCAAACGACGCCUCAAAACAUGAGCCACACCGUCCCCGACCUCGACGAAAUAGGGAUCAAAGCCGAACCCGAGCUCGCAGACAAAUUCCGACACGAAGUCGCAGAGCUACUAGGUCGCAAGAACCUCAACUUCCCAGGCGCGCAACCCGUGUCGUUCUCAGCCAAACACCUGCUCGAGCUGCAAAAGGAGGACUACUUUGUCUGCGAAAAGACCGAUGGGAUUCGCUGUUUGAUGUACUUUGCGGAAGGCGACCCUGAUUCACCAGAAGUUCAUUAUUUGAUUGAUCGCAAGAACGAUUAUCGCUAUGUCCCACGGUUGCAUUUCCCGUUGCCGAAUGAUUCUACGUUCCAAUCUUACCAUGUCGACACGCUGGUGGACGGGGAAUUGGUGAAGGAUAGUUACGACGAUGGGACGACGCAGUUGAAGUACCUAGUCUUUGAUUGCAUGGUGCUUGAUGGGAAGAGUCUCAUGCAUCGCACGCUCGACAAGCGACUAGCCUAUUUCAAAGAAAAUGUCCUCAAACCAUACAACGCCAUGUACAAAAAAUUCCCAGAGGAGAAACAGCAUCGCAUCUUUGCCGUGGAAGACAAGUCCACCCAAUUCAGCUACGGCAUCGAGAUGAUGUUCCGCGAAAUCAUCCCCAAAGUCAAGAAAAUCCACGGCAACGACGGCCUCAUUUUCACCUGCCGCAGCACCCCUUACAAGAUCGGCACAGACGAGCAUAUCCUGAAAUGGAAACCGCCAUCGGAAAAUACCAUUGAUUUCCGAAUGCGACUCGAAUUCCCCCUCCUCGAGCCGGACACUGAUGACGAGGCAGACGGCGUUGUUGAGCCGUACUAUGAUUACGACGCCAUGCCGAUUUUCCACCUCUUCAUACUCCAUAAUAACAAUGAAUAUCGCUUCUUUAGCGAAAUGUACGUUACGCCAUCGGAAUGGGAAGGAUUGAAGGCUCUACAGAUGCCGCUAGACGAUAUAAUAGUUGAAUGUUACCAAGACGACCAUGGACGAUGGCGCUACAUGCGUUUCCGUGAAGAUAAGAAAGAUGCGAAUCAUAUCUCGACGGUUGAGAAGGUCCUCGAGUCGAUCCAGGAUCGGGUCACUGAAGACGAUCUCAUUCGUGCAGCGCCGGCCAUUAAGGCCGCUUGGAAAAAACGUCAAGCUUCGGUGAGACCGCCACCACCUGCUCCCACGGCGGGAAUUUCGAAUGGGACCGGCGUGAAGAGGAAGUAUGAAGAAUAA